AUGUACCAUGAUCCAAACGCGGGAAUGCCUCCUCCGGUGCCCGCUGCGGGCUACGCCUACGGGGUGGCACCUGCAGUUGGGCAGCCUGCGCAGUACAUCUACAAGGGCCAGCGGUAUGGUGACCUGAAGCAACUCCAAGCAGCGAUGCAAAGCUCACCACUGCCCACAGCCAAGAGUUCCUGGGUGCAGUUACUCAGAGACAAGGUCGCCUUGGAGAAGAAGGUCAAAGAGCUCUUUCACCAGUAUUCUGGCGCGGAUCGGAAGCUGCAGCCGCACGAGGUCCACGGCCUUGCUUUCUCCCUUGGGGCACAGCUUGGUGUUGACCCCACGGCCUUUGGUGACAUCCAGGUGCUUUUUCAUCGAUAUGACUUCUCGGGAGACGGAGAGCUGGAUGAAUCCGAGGCCUUGCACUUGAUCACACACAUGCUACGAGUCUUCCGCGAUGGUCUGCAGAGGCAACAGAACCAGUCCCAGGCUGUGCCCAUGCAGCCCGUUCCAGACUUCUCUGCAGAGUCGAUCCCCUUUAAGCAGCUGGACCAGGCCUUUGUCCUCCAGAAGAAGCUGGGACAGGGCGGCCAGGGUGCCGUGUAUCUGGCCACCGACCGGAGCAGCAAACUGAAGCGAGUGGUCAAGUUCUACAACAAGAGUUGCGCGAAUGCACCGGUGGAGGACAUCGUGGAGGAGUUCAACCUCCUCACAUCUCUGGACCAUCCGAAGAUCGCCCGGCUUUACGAAGUGUUUCAGGACCAUGUGUACAUCUAUGUGGUGAGCGAGCCCUACUUCGGCGGUGAUCUCACAACCUGUGCUCAGAAGGCCACCGAGCGCGGCGUGGCGCUCAACCAGAGUUGGCUGGCCGGUAUCCUGAAGCAGAUUUGUGCCGGCAUCAUGUUCCUGCACAGCAAAAAGUCUAUGCACUGCGACAUCAAGGAGGCGAACGUCAUGAUUUCAGGGGACACGGACUGGCUGAAUCCGAACGUGGUGGUCAUCGACUUCGGCCUAGCCCGGGACUUCCGGAAGGGCAGUUCCGGCGUGAUGGGCACACCCGGAUACAUGCCACCCGAGGUCUGGACCAAGGGUGUUUGGACCUGCAAAGGUGACAUCUUCUCCAUGGGCGUGCUGUUUUACAACAUGUACUGCCUGCACCAGCGGCGUGCCUUUGAAGGGCAGACGGUCCAGCAGCUGCAGGCCCAGACAUGUGGGAUGUUGGUCGACUGGCAGCCGCUGGAGAACUGCCUCUCUUUCCAGAACUUGGUGCAGCACAUGAUGGCUGGGAACUUCCGAGACCGGCCGAUGGUCAACCAGGUGUUGCAACACAACUGGUGGCGGGAAGCCGGCAAGGAUGCGAGCAGCCCGGUCUCCAAAGAGGCGAUCGCAGACCUUGGCCAGUUCAAACCCAUGAGCGAUCUUCACCGAGCCCUCAUGAUGGACAUGGUUUCCAAAGAGAACCUGACACACUUGAAGGAGCUCAACUCACUUUUCGCACAGUUGGACGCCGACCACAGCGGUGUGGUCACGGAGCCUGAAGCCCGAAAGGACAGCAAGUCGGGGCCGUUGGUCCUGGUCUUGAUGGGGGUUGAUGAAGGGGGCUUUGUCCAAGUAUAG